GCGCUGGCGCAGGAGAAACCGUGCGUUUUGCAUCCACCACUCAGUUCAGUUGUAAAGUUGCUUUUGGGGUCAUCAAACGCUAUAUGACAAACUCGCCACCAAAACGCGACCAGAUUUGACAGUUACACAUAGUAUUUAGAUUCCAGAUUCACUUACAUUCAAUUUCAGUGCAGUGAUCCGAAGUGUUUUUGAAUUAUCCCGUGCAGUGAAACUAUGAGUGCUCAGUGAUAAUGUUCCGUUUCAAAGUGUUGGAUAUGGGAGGUGUUGUGUGCACUUGAAAAUGUGGGAGACCAUUUGCUACGGAAAGUCAGUGAGGAAAAAGGGCCCCAGCUUAUAGGGCCACGGCACCAUGUCCAGUGGCAGCUGUUCGGGCCCCGGGGUGUGUGGGGGGGCGCGUCGCAGGCCCCCCCCUCCCCCGGAGCCUGCCAUCUCCCUCGCCGCUGAUCUGAGUGAGCUAAGCCUGGACCAAGGCUACCACACGCUAGCUGACUGCGGGCCGCCUAGAAGACGAAGGGAUAACACCCUCAGCGAUGCUCUGUGGCUGAAGAUUUUGUCUUAUCUUGAGGUAUCAGACCUCUGUCGGAUGUCCCGCGUGUGCCGACGUUGGGCCAGGCUGGUAGCGCGGCUCAGCACACGGCCAGAAGUAUGGCGGCGGGUCAGGACCGCCGGCCCUUUGGAGAUCGCGGCAAGAUGCGCCGGCGCAAGAGCCGGCCCGUGCGUUAGCGCUGUGAGGGAGUGGCGGACGAAGGCUUGCCCGGUGUCAAUAGCAGGUGCUCAGUUCCUAGCGUCUACCUUCAGGAACCUGACGCAUCUAGCAGUGACCGGGUCGGGCAGCAUGGACGCCAGGAGUCUGGCGCCCCUGGUCACCGACUUGGUAGACCUUAGGCAUCUGGACCUUACUGGUUGUCCAAACGUGGACUGGCCCGAGUGGGGUUGGUUAGAAAGCCGCCUAGCGACCCGACGGCCGCCGACCGAGUACAUAGACCUGACGGACUGCGGCUCUGUGACCGACGCCGGGCUAUGCGCGUUACUACACACUUGCCCUUCAUUGCAGUACCUGUAUUUACGAAGGUGUACCCUAGUCACAGAUGCGGGAGUCCGGUGGAUACCCUCGUACUGUGCGCUGAAAGAGCUCAGCGUGUCGGACUGUACCGGCGUCACGGACUUCGGACUCUACGAGCUGGCCAAACUAGGGCCCGCGCUCAGAUAUCUUUCUGUGGCGAAGUGUACUCAGGUAUCGGACUCCGGCAUUAGAACGCUCGCCCGUCGCUGCUACAAGCUGCGCUACCUCAACGCGAGGGGUUGUGGAGCCUUGGGCGAUGAUGGUGUGGAGGCCGUGGCCAGGGGCUGUUCCCGGCUAAGGGCAUUGGACCUGGGGGCCACUGACGUGUCUGAAGCUGGGCUGCAGAUCCUCGCUCGAUGCUGUCCCAACCUCAAGAAGCUGGCCCUCCGCGGGUGCGAGCUGGUAGGAGACGACGGACUGGAGGCAGUAGCUUACUACUGCCGUGGAUUGACUCAGUUAAAUAUCCAGGAUACCCCGGUCACUCUCAGAGGGUACCGCUCCGUCAAGAAGUACUGUAAGAGAUGCGUCAUUGAGCAUACGAAUCCUGGGUUCUGUUGA